AUGGAGACGAAGAUUCCAGCUAAUGAAGUGACGGCAACGAAGGUUUUGGUAAUAGAGAAUGCAGCAGAGGGUGCCUCGGCUCCUCCUGGGCCUGAUGCUGGGCCAUUUGUGGUUGGUGCCGGCGGAGAAGAAGUGUUUGGGGUUGGUGAUGAAGGAGAGGGUGCUGGAGAAGGUGUUGGUGAUGUGUUUGUGGAGGAGGGUGAUGGAGCAGGUGCUGUAUUAGGUGAUAAUGAUCGGGUAGGUGCGGGUGCAGGAGCUUGUUGUGCUAUGCAUGAGGUAGCUAACAACCCCAGUAUCACAAACACUUUAAUUGCAACAGAACCCAUCUUUUAUAUCUGUUUUUUGAUACAAAAGAAUCUUGAGUGA